AUGGGGAAAGAGGGCGUGGGCGGCCACACCGCCGUCGUUCGGGCCCCCGACGGCGAAUUCAGGACGUUUCCCCUCUCGAAAAAAGACAAGGGCGAGGCGCUGUUCUGCCAGGUGACAAAGGACCUGUCGAUCGAGGAGAAGGAGUACUUUUCCCUUUGCUUCUACGACAGGACUGGCGUCAGGCACUGGCUGUACAACGACAAGGCAAUUGGAAAACAGCUAAAGGACUUGCCGUGGGAGUUCAGCUAUGAGGUCAAAUUCUUCCCCACACAGCCGACGGCACUCACCGAUGAGAGCGCCAGGUUCAACUUGUAUCAGCAGCUGAAGAAGGAUAUCCUUGUUGGAAGGCUGGCCGCAUCCUCAGAAGCCUACACGGUCCUUGGUGGUCUUCAGGUCCAAGCGGAGAUUGGCGACGUCCAGCAAAGCGCCGAGUACGAGAACUACCUGCAGACGACCCAAUUCUCGCCCAGCCCCGAGCCCGGCCAGAUCGACAAGAUCCGCCAGGAACAUCACAAGCACAAGGGCCAGACGCAAGACGACGCGAUUUUGGGGUACCUGGACGCGUGCAAACAGUUGCCGAUGUAUGGCGUGUUUUUGUUCCCCGCAAAGGACAACAAGAACCACCCGGUGACUGUCGGCAUCUCCUCGUUCGGCAUCAACAUCUACCGCGAGCAGGCCCGUCUUCACAGCUUUGCCUGGCAGUACAUUGUCAAGAUUCGCUUCCGGAAUCACGGUUUCCACAUUGACGUCAAGCCCGGGCAGGUGCACCCGAAAAAGGUGUCCACGGUCAGCUACACGAUGGCCACCCACCAUGACACGAAGCGGUGCUGGAAGUGUGGCGUGGAACAUCACACCUUUUUCCGCUUGAUCCAACCGGAAGAGACCCCCAGCGGUGUCCACUUCAGCUUCGGCUCCUCCCGUUUCGGCUACCACGGCCGCACGCAGUUCCAGACAAAGAUGGCCAGCCAGCUAUUCGAUCGGCCCGGCUCGGCCACCGUCACGCGCAGCGGGCAGCCGCUGGCAGCUAGAGGCACGCAGUCUAUGGAGAACGUGAACGCCGCCGACGACGCAGUGCACCACCAAGCUGAGCAUGCCCACCGCUCAUUCACCGCCCCAGAUGCCCGGCAGCGGAAGCGCGACAUCAAGGUUGGUGAGCUGAUGUCGGAUGAGGAGCUCGUCUACCUGCCCGUCCAGUCGCCCCUCUCGGCCGCAUACUACACGCAGGAGCCGCUAACUGUCUCCGCUGCUGCCGCUUCCCGUGGUGGCGCCGCUGUUCGCUUUGCGCAGGAGGAGACGCCUAGAGGGACCGGGACCAGAAAGAGACCGAGGCGACUGUUUGGGCGGGACAAGGCUGAGGGCAGUGGAGCAGUGCUGCUCUCUGCUCAUCUGCCAGCUAACCCAGAGAAGACGGAGAGUCUGGAGCGUCAGGACGAGAUCCCUGACGUGCCGAUUGGGUCGAUCUCGGCUGUGUACAGCAAGGGAUACUAUGCCACUCUACCUACGCAGACCACUGCCAAGCCAUCCCCGGAUGAACUGGGCAGACAGGGAGAGUUGGCUGGCUACCCUAUCCGCUACUUUGUGGAUGUGCAGCACUCCGGGAGCUCGGAACGGUACCGCACCUCGCGACUGCGACACACCGGCUCUGAGGAUACCAACGAGACCCUUGACUACGCCAACUAUCUAUUUCCUACCAUCGAGAAAGAACCGGUGGGGAGACUCGAGAAGUCUUCGGACCUCCCCGCUACCCAUCUAGCCGAACAUGUCGCCCUCAAAAAACCCCAGCCCACCGUACCCCGAAAGGCACACAAGAGAAAGGCCACCAAGAGGGGAUCCAUCGACUCGGAUAGCAGCUCCAAUUCUAUUAGUAGUGACUCGAAGGAGCGUCAAGUUAGAAAACCGGAUUCCCGCCUUCUCGCCUUUCUACGUAAUAUUAGCCCCCGAAAAAGCCGUGACUCUACAACCCAAUCCUCUCAAUACCACUAUAUCUCAACCGAUCGAUAUGACGGGCCAAUGCAAUCCAUUCCUAGACAUCUUGAUAUUGGUCACAUACCCAUUCCUGCUGUUGAACAUGUAGAAUAUCCACUUGACCACCAACAAUCAAAACCACAAAAAGAAGCGCGACAGAAGGCUUUCGUCGUCAUCGAAGAAGAGACCAAGACCACGAAACGCUUCUUCUUGUUCGGAAGGACAAGGCAUGAGGGCGAAGAAGAGGUCGCAGACAUCGUCGAUCCAUACAAUCUCGACACGACUGCUCAUGAAGGACCUCUUGACGAUCUGGCCCAUGAGAAAGACCUCGAGGGAGCCCCACUUGCCGAACACGCGACUGCCUAUCAUCAUGGCGAGUCGUGGCGGAAGUCGAAGAAGGAGGCAUCGCCUGUCCUGGCUGUGGAAACACCUGAAGAGACCCAGAGGACAGCCGUUGUCUACCUGAAGGAGGUACCACAAGACGAACAACCCGAAGUGGCCGAGACCUCGAUCGACGAGAAGAAGAAGCGUGGCUUCGGAUUCCACUUGCCUUCUCUCAAGUUCGGAAGCAAGAAGGGAUCCAAGGACAUCAGCCAUGAGGAGCCCUAUCCCUCGACUUCCGACAAGUACGAAGGACCUCUUGAUGAGGUGGAUCGUGAGAACGACCUCGAGAAGUUGCCCCUUGAAGCUCAACCCAGCGAGCACAAGGAAACCAAGACAACGAAACGCUUCUUCUUGUUCGGAAGGACGAGACACGAGGGCGAAGAAGAGGUCGCAGACAUCGUCGAUCCAUACAAUCUCGACACGACUGCUCAUCAAGGACCUCUCGACGAUCUGGCCCAUGAGAAAGACCUCGAGGGAGCCCCACUUGCCGAACACGCGACUGCUUAUCAUCAUGGCGAGUCCUGGCGGAAGUCGAAGAAGGAGGCAUCGCCUGUCCUGGCUGUGGAAACACCUGAAGAGACCCAGAGGACAGCCGUUGUCUACCUGAAGGAGGUACCACAAGACGGACACCCCGAAGUGGCCGAGGCCUCGAUCGACGAGAAGAAGAAGCGUGGCUUCGGAUUCCACUUGCCGUCCUUCAAAAUCGGAGGAAAGAAGGGAUCCAAGGACAUCAGCCAUGAGGAGCCCUAUCCCUCGACUUCUGACAAGUACGAAGGACCUCUUGAUGAGGUGGAUCCUCAACCCAGCGAGCACAAGGAAACCAAGACAACGAAACGCUUCUUCUUGUUCGGAAGGACGAGACACGAGGGCGAAGAAGAGGUCGCAGACAUCGUCGAUCCAUACAAUCUCGACACGACUGCUCAUCAAGGACCUCUCGACGAUCUGGCCCAUGAGAAAGACCUCGAGGGAGCCCCACUUGCCGAACACGCGACUGCUUAUCAUCAUGGCGAGUCCUGGCGGAAGUCGAAGAAGGAGGCAUCGCCUGUCCUGGCUGUGGAAACACCUGAAGAGACCCAGAGGACAGCCGUUGUCUACCUGAAGGAGGUACCACAAGACGGACACCCCGAAGUGGCCGAGGCCUCGAUCGACGAGAAGAAGAAGCGUGGCUUCGGAUUCCACUUGCCGUCCUUCAAAAUCGGAGGAAAGAAGGGAUCCAAGGACAUCAGCCAUGAGGAGCCCUAUCCCUCGACUUCUGACAAGUACGAAGGACCUCUUGAUGAGGUGGAUCGUGAGCACGACCUCGAGAAGUUGCCCCUUGAAGCUCAACCCAGCGAGCACAAGGAAACCAAGACAACGAAACGCUUCUUCUUGUUCGGAAGGACGAGACACGAGGGCGAAGAAGAGGUCGCAGACGUCGUCGAUCCUUACAAUCUUGACACGACUGCUCAUGAAGGACCUCUGGACGAUCUGGCCCAUGAGAAAGACCUCGAGGGAGCCCCACUUGCCGAACACGCGACUGCUUAUCAUCAUGGGGAGUCCUGGCGGAAGUCGAAGAAGGAGGCAUCGCCUGUCCUGGCUGUGGAAACACCUGAAGAGACCCAGAGGACAGCCGUUGUCUACCUGAAGGAGAUACCACAAGACGAACAACCCGAAGUGGCCGAGACCUCGAUCGACGAGAAGAAGAAGCGUGGCUUCGGAUUCCACUUGCCUUCUCUCAAGUUCGGAAGCAAGAAGGGAUCCAAAGACAUCAGCCAUGAGGAGCCCUAUCCCUCGACUUCUGACAAGUACGAAGGACCUCUUGAUGAGGUGGAUCGUGAGAACGACCUCGAGAAGUUGCCCCUUGAAGCUCAACCCAGCGAGCACAAGGAAACCACGACAACGAAACGCUUCUUCUUGUUCGGAAGGACGAGACACGAGGGCGAAGAAGAGGUCGCAGACAUCGUCGAUCCAUACAAUCUCGACACGACUGCUCAUGAAGGCCCUCUUGCUGACCUUCCACGAGAACAAGAUCUGGAAGGAGCCCCACUUGCCGAACACGCGACUGCUUAUCAUCGUGGCGAGUCCUGGCGGAAGUCGAAGAAGGAGGCAUCGCCUGUCCUGGCUGUGGAAACACCUGGAGAGACCCAGAGGACAGCCGUUGUCUACCUGAAGGAGGUACCACAAGACGAACAACCCGAAGUGGCCGAGACCUCGAUCGACGAGAAAAAGAAGCGUGGCUUCGGAUUCCACUUGCCGUCCUUCAAAAUCGGAGGAAAGAAGGGAUCCAAGGACAUCAACCAUGAGGAGCCUUAUCCCUCGACUUCUGACAAGUACGAAGGACCUCUUGAUGAGGUGGAUCGUGAGAACGACCUUGAGAAGUUGCCCCUUGAAGCUCAAUCCAGCGAGCACAAGGAAACCAAGACAACGAAACGCUUCUUCUUGUUCGGAAGGACAAGACACGAGGGCGAAGAAGAGGUCGCAGACAUCGUCGAUCCAUACAAUCUGGACACGACUGCUCAUGAAGGACCUCUUGACGAUCUGUCUCAUGAGAAAGACCUGGAAGGAGCCCCGCUUGCCGAACACGCGACUGCUUAUCAUCAUGGCGAGUCCUGGCGGAAGUCGAAGAAGGAGGCAUCGCCUGUCCUGGCUGUGGAAACACCUGAAGAGACCCAGAGGACAGCCGUUGUCUACCUGAAGGAGGUACCACAAGACGAACAACCCGAAGUGGCCGAGACCUCGAUCGACGAGAAAAAGAAGCGUGGCUUCGGAUUCGACUUGCCCUCCUUCAAAAUCGGAGGAAAGAAGGGAUCCAAGGACAUCAGCCAUGAGGAGCCCUAUCCCACGACUUCUGACAAGUACGAAGGACCUCUUGAUGAGGUGGAUCGUGAGAACGACCUCGAGAAGUUGCCCCUUGAAGCUCAACCCAGCGAGCACAAGGAAACCAAGACAACGAAACGCUUCUUCUUGUUCGGAAGGACAAGACACGAGGGCGAAGAAGAGGUCGCAGACAUCGUCGAUCCAUACAAUCUCGACACGACUGCUCAUGAAGGCCCUCUUGCUGACCUUCCACGAGAACAAGAUCUGGAAGGAGCCCCGCUUGCCGAACACGCGACUGCUUAUCAUCAUGGCGAGUCCUGGCGGAAGUCGAAGAAGGAGGCAUCGCCUGUCCUGGCUGUGGAAACACCUGAAGAGACCCAGAGGACAGCCGUUGUCUACCUGAAGGAGGUACCACAAGACGGACACCCCGAAGUGGCCGAGACCUCGAUCGACGAGAAGAAGAAGCGUGGCUUCGGAUUCCACUUGCCGUCCUUCAAAAUCGGAGGAAAGAAGGGAUCCAAGGACAUCAGCAAUGAGGAGCCCUAUCCCUCGACUUCUGACAAGUCCGAAGGACCUCUUGAUGAGGUGGAUCGUGAGAACGACCUCGAGAAGUUGCCCCUUGAAGCUCAACCCAGCGAGCACAAGGAAACCAAGACAACCACACGCUUCUUCUUGUUCGGAAGGACAAGACACGAGGGCGAAGAAGAGGUCGCAGACAUCGUCGAUCCAUACAAUCUCGACACGACUGCUCAUGAAGGCCCUCUUGCUGACCUUCCACGAGAACAAGAUCUGGAAGGAGCCCCACUUGCCGAACACGCGACUGCUUAUCAUCAUGGCGAGUCCUGGCGAAAGUCGAAGAAGGAGGCAUCGCCUGUCCUGGCUGUGGAAACACCUGAAGAGACCCAGAGGACAGCCGUUGUCUACCUGAAGGAGGUACCACAAGACGAACAACCCGAAGUGGCCGAGACCUCGAUCGACGAGAAGAAGAAGCGUGGCUUCGGAUUCCACUUGCCUUCUCUCAAGUUCGGAAGCAAGAAGGGAUCCAAGGACAUCAACCAUGAGGAGCCUUAUCCCUCGACUUCUGACAAGUACGAAGGACCUCUUGAUGAGGUGGAUCGUGAGAACGACCUCGAGAAGUUGCCCCUUGAAGCUCAACCCAGCGAGCACAAGGAAACCAAGACAACGAAACGCUUCUUCUUGUUCGGAAGGACGAGACACGAGGGCGAAGAAGAGGUCGCAGACAUCGUCGAUCCAUACAAUCUCGACACGACUGCUCAUGAAGGCCCUCUUGCUGACCUUCCACGAGAACAAGAUCUGGAAGGAGCCCCGCUUGCCGAACACGCGACUGCUUAUCAUCAUGGCGAGUCCUGGCGGAAGUCGAAGAAGGAGGCAUCGCCUGUCCUGGCUGUGGAAACACCUGAAGAGACCCAGAGGACAGCCGUUGUCUACCUGAAGGAGGUACCACAAGACGGACACCCCGAAGUGGCCGAGACCUCGAUCGACGAGAAGAAGAAGCGUGGCUUCGGAUUCCACUUGCCGUCCUUCAAAAUCGGAGGAAAGAAGGGAUCCAAGGACAUCAGCAAUGAGGAGCCCUAUCCCUCGACUUCUGACAAGUCCGAAGGACCUCUUGAUGAGGUGGAUCGUGAGAACGACCUCGAGAAGUUGCCCCUUGAAGCUCAACCCAGCGAGCACAAGGAAACCAAGACAACCACACGCUUCUUCUUGUUCGGAAGGACAAGACACGAGGGCGAAGAAGAGGUCGCAGACAUCGUCGAUCCAUACAAUCUCGACACGACUGCUCAUGAAGGCCCUCUUGCUGACCUUCCACGAGAACAAGAUCUGGAAGGAGCCCCACUUGCCGAACACGCGACUGCUUAUCAUCAUGGCGAGUCCUGGCGAAAGUCGAAGAAGGAGGCAUCGCCUGUCCUGGCUGUGGAAACACCUGAAGAGACCCAGAGGACAGCCGUUGUCUACCUGAAGGAGGUACCACAAGACGAACAACCCGAAGUGGCCGAGACCUCGAUCGACGAGAAGAAGAAGCGUGGCUUCGGAUUCCACUUGCCUUCUCUCAAGUUCGGAAGCAAGAAGGGAUCCAAGGACAUCAACCAUGAGGAGCCUUAUCCCUCGACUUCUGACAAGUACGAAGGACCUCUUGAUGAGGUGGAUCGUGAGAACGACCUUGAGAAGUUGCCCCUUGAAGCUCAAUCCAGCGAGCACAAGGAAACCAAGACAACGAAACGCUUCUUCUUGUUCGGAAGGACAAGACACGAGGGCGAAGAAGAGGUCGCAGACAUCGUCGAUCCAUACAAUCUGGACACGACUGCUCAUGAAGGACCUCUUGACGAUCUGUCUCAUGAGAAAGACCUGGAAGGAGCCCCGCUUGCCGAACACGCGACUGCUUAUCAUCAUGGCGAGUCCUGGCGGAAGUCGAAGAAGGAGGCAUCGCCUGUCCUGGCUGUGGAAACACCUGAAGAGACCCAGAGGACAGCCGUUGUCUACCUGAAGGAGGUACCACAAGACGAACAACCCGAAGUGGCCGAGACCUCGAUCGACGAGAAGAAGAAGCGUGGCUUCGGAUUCCACUUGCCUUCUCUCAAGUUCGGAAGCAAGAAGGGAUCCAAGGACAUCAGCAAUGAGGAGCCCUAUCCCUCGACUUCUGACAAGUACGAAGGACCUCUUGAUGAGGUGGAUCGUGAGAACGACCUCGAGAAGUUGCCCCUUGAAGCUCAACCCAGCGAGCACAAGGAAACCAAGACAACGAAACGCUUCUUCUUGUUCGGAAGGACGAGACACGAGGGCGAAGAAGAGGUCGCAGACAUCGUCGAUCCAUACAAUCUCGACACGACUGCUCAUGAAGGCCCUCUUGCUGACCUUCCACGAGAACAAGAUCUGGAAGGAGCCCCACUUGCCGAACACGCGACUGCUUAUCAUCAUGGCGAGUCCUGGCGGAAGUCGAAGAAGGAGGCAUCGCCUGUCCUGGCUGUGGAAACACCUGAAGAGACCCAGAGGACAGCCGUUGUCUACCUGAAGGAGGUACCACAAGACGAACAACCCGAAGUGGCCGAGACCUCGAUCGACGAGAAGAAGAAGCGUGGCUUCGGAUUCCACUUGCCUUCUCUCAAGUUCGGAAGCAAGAAGGGAUCCAAGGACAUCAACCAUGAGGAGCCUUAUCCCUCGACUUCUGACAAGUACGAAGGACCUCUUGAUGAGGUGGAUCGUGAGAACGACCUUGAGAAGUUGCCCCUUGAAGCUCAAUCCAGCGAGCACAAGGAAACCAAGACAACGAAACGCUUCUUCUUGUUCGGAAGGACAAGACACGAGGGCGAAGAAGAGGUCGCAGACAUCGUCGAUCCAUACAAUCUGGACACGACUGCUCAUGAAGGACCUCUUGACGAUCUGUCUCAUGAGAAAGACCUGGAAGGAGCCCCGCUGGCCGAACACGCGACUGCUUAUCAUCAUGGCGAGUCCUGGCGGAAGUCGAAGAAGGAGGCAUCGCCUGUCCUGGCUGUGGAAACACCUGAAGAGACCCAGAGGACAGCCGUUGUCUACCUGAAGGAGGUACCACAAGACGAACAACCCGAAGUGGCCGAGACCUCGAUCGACGAGAAGAAGAAGCGUGGCUUCGGAUUCCACUUGCCUUCUCUCAAGUUCGGAAGCAAGAAGGGAUCCAAGGACAUCAGCAAUGAGGAGCCCUAUCCCUCGACUUCUGACAAGUACGAAGGACCUCUUGAUGAGGUGGAUCGUGAGAACGACCUCGAGAAGUUGCCCCUUGAAGCUCAACCCAGCGAGCACAAGGAAACCAAGACAACGAAACGCUUCUUCUUGUUCGGAAGGACGAGACACGAGGGCGAAGAAGAGGUCGCAGACAUCGUCGAUCCAUACAAUCUCGACACGACUGCUCAUGAAGGCCCUCUUGCUGACCUUCCACGAGAACAAGAUCUGGAAGGAGCCCCACUUGCCGAACACGCGACUGCUUAUCAUCAUGGCGAGUCCUGGCUGAAGUCGAAGAAGGAGGCAUCGCCUGUCCUGGCUGUGGAAACACCUGAAGAGACCCAGAGGACAGCCGUUGUCUACCUGAAGGAGGUACCACAAGACGAACAACCCGAAGUGGCCGAGACCUCGAUCGACGAGAAGAAGAAGCGUGGCUUCGGAUUCCGCUUGCCUUCUCUCAAGUUCGGAAGCAAGAAGGGAUCCACGGACAUCAACCAUGAGGAGCCUUAUCCUUCGACUUCUGACAAGUACGAAGGACCUCUUGAUGAGGUGGAUCGUGAGAACGACCUUGAGAAGUUGCCCCUUGAAGCUCAAUCCAGCGAGCACAAGGAAACCAAGACAACGAAACGCUUCUUCUUGUUCGGAAGGACAAGACACGAGGGCGAAGAAGAGGUCGCAGACAUCGUCGAUCCAUACAAUCUGGACACGACUGCUCAUGAAGGACCUCUUGACGAUCUGUCUCAUGAGAAAGACCUGGAAGGAGCCCCGCUUGCCGAACACGCGACUGCUUAUCAUCAUGGCGAGUCCUGGCGGAAGUCGAAGAAGGAGGCAUCGCCUGUCCUGGCUGUGGAAACACCUGAAGAGACCCAGAGGACAGCCGUUGUCUACCUGAAGGAGGUACCACAAGACGAACAACCCGAAGUGGCCGAGACCUCGAUCGACGAGAAGAAGAAGCGUGGCUUCGGAUUCCACUUGCCUUCUCUCAAGUUCGGAAGCAAGAAGGGAUCCAAGGACAUCAGCCAUGAGGAGCCCUAUCCCUCGACUUCUGACAAGUACGAAGGACCUCUUGAUGAGGUCGAUCGCGAGAACGACCUUGAGAAGUUGCCCCUUGAAGCUCAAUCCAGCGAGCACAAGGAAACCAAGACAACGAAACGCUUCUUCUUGUUCGGAAGGACAAGACACGAGGGCGAAGAAGAGGUCGCAGACAUCGUCGAUCCAUACAAUCUGGACACGACUGCUCAUGAAGGACCUCUUGACGAUCUGUCUCAUGAGAAAGACCUGGAAGGAGCCCCGCUUGCCGAACACGCGACUGCUUAUCAUCAUGGCGAGUCCUGGCGGAAGUCGAAGAAGGAGGCAUCGCCUGUCCUGGCUGUGGAAACACCUGAAGAGACCCAGAGGACAGCCGUUGUCUACCUGAAGGAGGUACCACAAGACGAACAACCCGAAGUGGCCCAGACCUCGAUCGACGAGAAGAAGAAGCGUGGCUUCGGAUUCCACUUGCCUUCUCUCAAGUUCGGAAGCAAGAAGGGAUCCAAGGACAUCAGCAAUGAGGAGCCCUAUCCCUCGACUUCUGACAAGUACGAAGGACCUCUUGAUGAGGUGGAUCGUGAGAACGACCUCGAGAAGUUGCCCCUUGAAGCUCAACCCAGCGAGCACAAGGAAACCAAGACAACGAAACGCUUCUUCUUGUUCGGAAGGACGAGACACGAGGGCGAAGAAGAGGUCGCAGACAUCGUCGAUCCAUACAAUCUCGACACGACUGCUCAUGAAGGCCCUCUUGCUGACCUUCCACGAGAACAAGAUCUGGAAGGAGCCCCACUUGCCGAACACGCGACUGCUUAUCAUCAUGGCGAGUCCUGGCGGAAGUCGAAGAAGGAGGCAUCGCCUGUCCUGGCUGUGGAAACACCUGAAGAGACCCAGAGGACAGCCGUUGUCUACCUGAAGGAGGUACCACAAGACGAACAACCCGAAGUGGCCGAGACCUCGAUCGACGAGAAGAAGAAGCGUGGCUUCGGAUUCCACUUGCCUUCUCUCAAGUUCGGAAGCAAGAAGGGAUCCAAGGACAUCAACCAUGAGGAGCCUUAUCCCUCGACUUCUGACAAGUACGAAGGAUCUCUUGAUGAGGUGGAUCCGAGCACAAGGGAAACCAAGACAACGAAACGCUUCUUCUUGUUCGGAAGGACAAGACACGAGGGCGAAGAAGAGGUCGCAGACAUCGUCGAUCCAUACAAUCUGGACACGACUGCUCAUGAAGGACCUCUUGACGAUCUGUCUCAUGAGAAAGACCUGGAAGGAGCCCCGCUGGCCGAACACGCGACUGCUUAUCAUCAUGGCGAGUCCUGGCGGAAGUCGAAGAAGGAGGCAUCGCCUGUCCUGGCUACCUCGAUCGACGAGAAGAAGAAGCGUGGCUUCGGAUUCCACUUGCCUUCUCUCAAGUUCGGAAGCAAGAAGGGAUCCAAGGACAUCAGCAAUGAGGAGCCCUAUCCCUCGACUUCUGACAAGUACGAAGGACCUCUUGAUGAGGUGGAUCGUGAGAACGACCUCGAGAAGUUGCCCCUUGAAGCUCAACCCAGCGAGCACAAGGAAACCAAGACAACGAAACGCUUCUUCUUGUUCGGAAGGACGAGACACGAGGGCGAAGAAGAGGUCGCAGACAUCGUCGAUCCAUACAAUCUCGACACGACUGCUCAUGAAGGCCCUCUUGCUGACCUUCCACGAGAACAAGAUCUGGAAGGAGCCCCACUUGCCGAACACGCGACUGCUUAUCAUCAUGGCGAGUCCUGGCUGAAGUCGAAGAAGGAGGCAUCGCCUGUCCUGGCUGUGGAAACACCUGAAGAGACCCAGAGGACAGCCGUUGUCUACCUGAAGGAGGUACCACAAGACGAACAACCCGAAGUGGCCGAGACCUCGAUCGACGAGAAGAAGAAGCGUGGCUUCGGAUUCCACUUGCCUUCUCUCAAUUUCGGAAGCAAGAAGGGAUCCAAGGACAUCAACCAUGAGGAGCCUUAUCCCUCGACUUCUGACAAGUACGAAGGACCUCUUGAUGAGGUGGAUCGUGAGAACGACCUUGAGAAGUUGCCCCUUGAAGCUCAAUCCAGCGAGCACAAGGAAACCAAGACAACGAAACGCUUCUUCUUGUUCGGAAGGACAAGACACGAGGGCGAAGAAGAGGUCGCAGACAUCGUCGAUCCAUACAAUCUGGACACGACUGCUCAUGAAGGACCUCUUGACGAUCUGUCUCAUGAGAAAGACCUGGAAGGAGCCCCGCUGGCCGAACACGCGACUGCUUAUCAUCAUGGCGAGUCCUGGCGGAAGUCGAAGAAGGAGGCAUCGCCUGUCCUGGCUGUGGAAACACCUGAAGAGACCCAGAGGACAGCCGUUGUCUACCUGAAGGAGGUACCACAAGACGAACAACCCGAAGUGGCCGAGACCUCGAUCGACGAGAAGAAGAAGCGUGGCUUCGGAUUCCGCUUGCCUUCUCUCAAGUUCGGAAGCAAGAAGGGAUCCACGGACAUCAACCAUGAGGAGCCUUAUCCCUCGACUUCUGACAAGUACGAAGGACCUCUUGAUGAGGUGGAUCGUGAGAACGACCUUGAGAAGUUGCCCCUUGAAGCUCAAUCCAGCGAGCACAAGGAAACCAAGACAACGAAACGCUUCUUCUUGUUCGGAAGGACAAGACACGAGGGCGAAGAAGAGGUCGCAGACAUCGUCGAUCCAUACAAUCUGGACACGACUGCUCAUGAAGGACCUCUUGACGAUCUGUCUCAUGAGAAAGACCUGGAAGGAGCCCCGCUUGCCGAACACGCGACUGCUUAUCAUCCUGGCGAGUCCUGGCGGAAGUCGAAGAAGGAGGCAUCGCCUGUCCUGGCUGUGGAAACACCUGAAGAGACCCAGAGGACAGCCGUUGUCUACCUGAAGGAGGUACCACAAGACGAACAACCCGAAGUGGCCGAGACCUCGAUCGACGAGAAGAAGAAGCGUGGCUUCGGAUUCCACUUGCCUUCUCUCAAUUUCGGAAGCAAGAAGGGAUCCAAGGACAUCAACCAUGAGGAGCCUUAUCCCUCGACUUCUGACAAGUACGAAGGACCUCUUGAUGAGGUGGAUCGUGAGAACGACCUUGAGAAGUUGCCCCUUGAAGCUCAAUCCAGCGAGCACAAGGAAACCAAGACAACGAAACGCUUCUUCUUGUUCGGAAGGACAAGACACGAGGGCGAAGAAGAGGUCGCAGACAUCGUCGAUCCAUACAAUCUGGACACGACUGCUCAUGAAGGACCUCUUGACGAUCUGUCUCAUGAGAAAGACCUGGAAGGAGCCCCGCUUGCCGAACACGCGACUGCUUAUCAUCAUGGCGAGUCCUGGCGGAAGUCGAAGAAGGAGGCAUCGCCUGUCCUGGCUGUGGAAACACCUGAAGAGACCCAGAGGACAGCCGUUGUCUACCUGAAGGAGGUACCACAAGACGAACAACCCGAAGUGGCCGAGACCUCGAUCGACGAGAAGAAGAAGCGUGGCUUCGGAUUCCACUUGCCUUCUCUCAAGUUCGGAAGCAAGAAGGGAUCCAAGGACAUCAGCCAUGAGGAGCCCUAUCCCUCGACUUCUGACAACGAGCACAAGGAAACCAAGACAACGAAACGCUUCUUCUUGUUCGGAAGGACAAGACACGAGGGCGAAGAAGAGGUCGCAGACAUCGUCGAUCCAUACAAUCUGGACACGACUGCUCAUGAAGGACCUCUUGACGAUCUGUCUCAUGAGAAAGACCUGGAAGGAGCCCCGCUGGCCGAACACGCGACUGCUUAUCAUCAUGGCGAGUCCUGGCGGAAGUCGAAGAAGGAGGCAUCGCCUGUCCUGGCUGUGGAAACACCUGAAGAGACCCAGAGGACAGCCGUUGUCUACCUGAAGGAGGUACCACAAGACGAACAACCCGAAGUGGCCGAGACCUCGAUCGACGAGAAGAAGAAGCGUGGCUUCGGAUUCCACUUGCCUUCUCUCAAGUUCGGAAGCAAGAAGGGAUCCAAGGACAUCAGCAAUGAGGAGCCCUAUCCCUCGACUUCUGACAAGUACGAAGGACCUCUUGAUGAGGUGGAUCGUGAGAACGACCUCGAGAAGUUGCCCCUUGAAGCUCAACCCAGCGAGCACAAGGAAACCAAGACAACGAAACGCUUCUUCUUGUUCGGAAGGACGAGACACGAGGGCGAAGAAGAGGUCGCAGACAUCGUCGAUCCAUACAAUCUCGACACGACUGCUCAUGAAGGCCCUCUUGCUGACCUUCCACGAGAACAAGAUCUGGAAGGAGCCCCACUUGCCGAACACGCGACUGCUUAUCAUCAUGGCGAGUCCUGGCGGAAGUCGAAGAAGGAGGCAUCGCCUGUCCUGGCUGUGGAAACACCUGAAGAGACCCAGAGGACAGCCGUUGUCUACCUGAAGGAGGUACCACAAGACGAACAACCCGAAGUGGCCGAGACCUCGAUCGACGAGAAGAAGAAGCGUGGCUUCGGAUUCCGCUUGCCUUCUCUCAAGUUCGGAAGCAAGAAGGGAUCCACGGACAUCAACCAUGAGGAGCCUUAUCCUUCGACUUCUGACAAGUACGAAGGACCUCUUGAUGAGGUGGAUCGUGAGAACGACCUUGAGAAGUUGCCCCUUGAAGCUCAAUCCAGCGAGCACAAGGAAACCAAGACAACGAAACGCUUCUUCUUGUUCGGAAGGACAAGACACGAGGGCGAAGAAGAGGUCGCAGACAUCGUCGAUCCAUACAAUCUGGACACGACUGCUCAUGAAGGACCUCUUGACGAUCUGUCUCAUGAGAAAGACCUGGAAGGAGCCCCGCUUGCCGAACACGCGACUGCUUAUCAUCAUGGCGAGUCCUGGCGGAAGUCGAAGAAGGAGGCAUCGCCUGUCCUGGCUGUGGAAACACCUGAAGAGACCCAGAGGACAGCCGUUGUCUACCUGAAGGAGGUACCACAAGACGAACAACCCGAAGUGGCCGAGACCUCGAUCGACGAGAAGAAGAAGCGUGGCUUCGGAUUCCACUUGCCUUCUCUCAAGUUCGGAAGCAAGAAGGGAUCCAAGGACAUCAGCAAUGAGGAGCCCUAUCCCUCGACUUCUGACAAGUACGAAGGACCUCUUGAUGAGGUGGAUCGUGAGAACGACCUCGAGAAGUUGCCCCUUGAAGCUCAACCCAGCGAGCACAAGGAAACCAAGACAACGAAACGCUUCUUCUUGUUCGGAAGGACGAGACACGAGGGCGAAGAAGAGGUCGCAGACAUCGUCGAUCCAUACAAUCUCGACACGACUGCUCAUGAAGGCCCUCUUGCUGACCUUCCACGAGAACAAGAUCUGGAAGGAGCCCCACUUGCCGAACACGCGACUGCUUAUCAUCAUGGCGAGUCCUGGCGGAAGUCGAAGAAGGAGGCAUCGCCUGUCCUGGCUGUGGAAACACCUGAAGAGACCCAGAGGACAGCCGUUGUCUACCUGAAGGAGGUACCACAAGACGAACAACCCGAAGUGGCCGAGACCUCGAUCGACGAGAAGAAGAAGCGUGGCUUCGGAUUCCACUUGCCUUCUCUCAAGAGCCUUAUCCCUCGACUUCCUGACAAGUACGAAGGACCUCUUGAUGAGGUGGAUCGUGAGAACGACCUUGAGAAGUUGCCCCUUGAAGCUCAAUCCAGCGAGCACAAGGAAACCAAGACAACGAAACGCUUCUUCUUGUUCGGAAGGACAAGACACGAGGGCGAAGAAGAGGUCGCAGACAUCGUCGAUCCAUACAAUCUGGACACGACUGCUCAUGAAGGACCUCUUGACGAUCUGUCUCAUGAGAAAGACCUGGAAGGAGCCCCGCUGGCCGAACACGCGACUGCUUAUCAUCAUGGCGAGUCCUGGCGGAAGUCGAAGAAGGAGGCAUCGCCUGUCCUGGCUGUGGAAACACCUGAAGAGACCCAGAGGACAGCCGUUGUCUACCUGAAGGAGGUACCACAAGACGAACAACCCGAAGUGGCCGAGACCUCGAUCGACGAGAAGAAGAAGCGUGGCUUCGGAUUCCACUUGCCUUCUCUCAAGUUCGGAAGCAAGAAGGGAUCCAAGGACAUCAGCAAUGAGGAGCCCUAUCCCUCGACUUCUGACAAGUACGAAGGACCUCUUGAUGAGGUGGAUCGUGAGAACGACCUCGAGAAGUUGCCCCUUGAAGCUCAACCCAGCGAGCACAAGGAAACCAAGACAACGAAACGCUUCUUCUUGUUCGGAAGGACAAGACACGAGGGCGAAGAAGAGGUCGCAGACAUCGUCGAUCCAUACAAUCUCGACACGACUGCUCAUGAAGGCCCUCUUGCUGACCUUCCACGAGAACAAGAUCUGGAAGGAGCCCCACUUGCCGAACACGCGACUGCUUAUCAUCAUGGCGAGUCCUGGCGGAAGUCGAAGAAGGAGGCAUCGCCUGUCCUGGCUGUGGAAACACCUGAAGAGACCCAGAGGACAGCCGUUGUCUACCUGAAGGAGGUACCACAAGACGAACAACCCGAAGUGGCCGAGACCUCGAUCGACGAGAAGAAGAAGCGUGGCUUCGGAUUCCACUUGCCUUCUCUCAAGUUCGGAAGCAAGAAGGGAUCCAAGGACAUCAACCAUGAGGAGCCUUAUCCCUCGACUUCUGACAAGUACGAAGGACCUCUUGAUGAGGUGGAUCGUGAGAACGACCUUGAGAAGUUGCCCCUUGAAGCUCAAUCCAGCGAGCACAAGGAAACCAAGACAACGAAACGCUUCUUCUUGUUCGGAAGGACAAGACACGAGGGCGAAGAAGAGGUCGCAGACAUCGUCGAUCCAUACAAUCUGGACACGACUGCUCAUGAAGGACCUCUUGACGAUCUGUCUCAUGAGAAAGACCUGGAGGGAGCCCCACUUGCCGAACACGCGACUGCCUACCAUCAUGGCGAGUCGUGGCGGAAGUCGAAGAAGGAGGAAUCGCCUGUCCUGGCUGUGGAAACACCUGAAGAGCCCCAGCGGACAGCCGUUGUCUACCUGAAGGAGGUACCACAAGACGAACAACCCGAAGUGGCCGAGAUCUCGAUCGACGAGAAAAAGAAGCGUAGCUUCGGAUUCCACUUGCCUUCUCUCAAGUUCGGAAGCAAGAAGGGAUCCAAGGACAUCAGCCAUGAGGAGCCCUAUCCCUCGACUUCUGACAAGUACGACGGACCUCUUGAUGAGGUGGAUCGUGAAAAUGACCUCGAGAAGUUGCCGAUUGGUGCUGAAACAUCCGCCGAACAAUCGAAGCAAGAACGAGGCAAGGAGGGGCGCCGAAUCCGGUGGUCUGUCAGUCUGCCAACAAAGUCGCUGCGGAUCUUUGAGCGACUGCGACACGGCGGCGAAGAAGAAGUGGCGGACCCGGUGGCGCAAAGCUAUCAGGUCCCAGUCAUUGAUGAGAGCGUCGACACACAACUUGGAUAUUCCAACAUGCCACACUCCGAGUUGGCCGUGUUCCCAAAACUACCAAGCGAGAGACCUGUCUUACCUUUGGUACAGCGAUUGAGAACAUUCGCGCGUUUGACCCACGCCGGGCACGUUGAGUUCGUAGAACGAGAACAAAUCGACUGGUCAUCGUAUCCAGGAACAACCAUCUACGAAGGCGAGUACGACCUGACAGCUCUAAAUCCGGAUCUCUCGCACUCCGUCCUCAACACAACAUGCUCUCCCUACCACCCAGGAGAGUACCAGCGGCUCCCCUCGCUCCCAAAGUACACCCCAACAAAAUCCUACCAGCCACAGCUCAGCACCGAGGCUGACAAAUCCCCAGUCUUGGCCCUCGAACCACUAGCCGAGCUCGAAAGUCGACUCUGGAACCUGCAAGACCAGUUCGAGGGUACCGAAAUUGUCGAGGUGCGCAUCGAAAAGAGAUGCGAGAUCGAGCUGCACCCGCAGUACACGCUAGAGAAGCGACUGCGGGGCGGGGCUGGAGGGGGCGUGGCCUGGGUGCCGGUCAGCAGCCCGGGGAAGAACCCAGAAAAGCAGGGAACUGACGCCGCCGCCGCCACAACCGCCAUGCCAGCCGGCAAGUCGCUGCUGCAGCGGCUCGGUUUAGCCAAGGCUGGCGCCGGGUCGACGAAGGAUGGAAAGCAGAAGAAAUCGAAGAAAGGGCACAAGGGACAGGAGAAUACGGUAGACACGUCAUCAACGAGUUCGGACAGCGAGGAGGAGAAGGCCCUCGUCGUUGUCCGCCAGACUACCAACACCCAUGCUUCGAGUCGUCCGGGUGCCGAAGUACCACCACAGACGAUGCACUACACGCCAGCGGAUGCGUCGUGUGGGGUGGUGAUCAGAGAGGAGAAAGAUCAGACGACGUAUCGGUUGACCGGAAAGGGGUUGACGCCACAUGUUGAUCCGAAAGACCCGGAGAGCGGCCAGCCACACACUACGGUACAGAGGUGGCAGGAGACGAAUAUCAUGCCCGAUCAGGUGGUACAAGAAGUUGAUGAUGAUGGACAUACCGUAACUCGAACCAUCAAGACCUCCCAAGUGAAAUCUACCGUCCAGAAGCAGACCUUCCAGAACUUUACGAUACCCGAGGACGAGAAUGGUGUCUCGACAGUGGAGCGAGUACACGAACAAGUCGUCCCGCGGGUAUCACCCAGUAAACAGGGAAAAGUAUACGAGACACACACAAGGACUGUCGCUUAUGAGAAUGGAUCACAAAAGGAACAGGAGCUACCCGGAGAGUUCGUUUCGUCAAAGACGGUCACUUCCGGAAAUCGAACUGUUGAGACGGUCACGUAUAAGACGGAGAGGGAUGGAGUGGUAGAGACGCACGUGGAGCAUCGAGUGACCAUCCAUUCCGAUGAUGCCAUCGACCAUGACGCGGAGCUGUCUCGUGCCAUCAUGGAGGCGACACAGUCAAACCCGGAGAUGACCGUCGAGAAGAUAGAGGUCGUCCAGGAGGCAAAGCAG